GGGAUGUAUGGUUAAGUAAACCUACCGAAUGCUGGAAAGCCUGGAUACAGUGGACAUGGAGAGGAUGUUUCCAUUAGACGGAGAGUCUGUGAUCUGACAGCAUAGGCUCAGAAUAAAGACGCUUCCCUUUAAAAUUGAGUUAGACCUGCGGUGAGAGAUUUAUUGGAAUAAAAAAACCCAACUGGAAGCAAACCACGACUGAAGAUGAGGGAACAUCAACAAGUGAACCAGCCCGAGGAUUGAGAGCAUCAACUGAAGAGAAUCCAUCUGACUCGGAGAUUCCAGUGAUUCAGUCAGGAGAAAGUUUGUUAGACCUGCGGUGAGAGAUUUAUUGGAAGAAAUACCCACAACUGGAAGCAAACCACGAAUGAAGAUGAGGGAGCAGCAGCAAGCGAACCAGCACGAGGACUGAGAGCACCGACUAGAGAGAAACCCUUUUGACUCAGGGUUUCCAUUGAUUCAGUCGGGAACAAGUCUGGCUACUUUUGAAGACCCUGAGCUGGAGUUACACCCUGACUUUGGUUCUUUGCAGGAAUUCAACCAGCUGUCAAUGUCACACAACUAUAUGAUAUGCCAAGAACAAGGCUUAGAAGACUACCUUGUCUUCAGGGUUCCAGGAUUUUGAGGCUCUGGAGGUGGAUGGACAAUUGUUAAAAACAACAAGGAAUUUGUCUAUGGGAAUUCAAACACAACACACCAGUUUUGCUGUCUCUGUCCAGAUAUUUUAGGAGUGGAGCAAGGGAUUCAAUCGACCAUCCUUCCUACUCAGACUGUGGAGAGGGAUUUGCUCAAUCAUCUGACCGACUGGCAUGCCCAUCAUCUUACACAUGGGAGAACCCACUCAGACAGUGGGAUUGGAUUCAGUUGGUCAUCACAACUGAAGGUACAUCAGCAAGUUCACACUGGGGCAAGGCCAUUCACCUGUUCUGUGUGUGAGAAGGGAUUCAGAAGGUCUUCCCACCUGUGGACACACCAGUCAGUUCACACUGGGCAGAGGCUGGUCAGCCGCUGAAGUUAUAGGGAAAGAUUCACUUGGUCAUCUGACCUAAUGGCUCACCAGCGAGUUCACACCAGGGAGCAGCUGUUCACCUGCAUGGACUGUGGGAAGGGAUUCACUUCUUCAUCUCAACUGAAGCUACAUCAGCGAAUUCACACUGGGGAGAAGCCGUUCACCUGCUCAGACUGUGGGAAGACAUUCACUCAGUCAGCCCACCUAAAGAGACACCAGAGUGUUCACACUGGAGAGAAGCCAUUCACCUGCUCAGUCUGUGAGAAGGGAUUCAUUCAAUCAUCUGACCUACAGAUACACCAGACAGUUCACACUGGGGAGAGGCCAUUCACCUGCUCAAUCUGUGGGAAGACAUUCAGUCAGUCAUCCUACCUACAAAGACACCAGAGAGUUCACACCGCGGAGAAGCCUUUCACCUGCUCAGAAUGUGGGAAAGGAUUCUCUCGAUCAUCCAAUCUACAGAGUCACCAGCGAGUUCACACUGGAGAGAGGCCAUUCAGCUGCCCACACUGUGGGAAGGGAUUCUCUCUGGCAUGUCACCUACUGAGUCACCAGACAGUUCACACUGGAGAGAGGCCAUUCACCUGCUCAGACUGUGGGAAGGGAUUCAGUCAGUCAUCAAACCUAAUGGCUCACCGACGAAUUCACACUGGGGAGAGGCCGUUCACCUGCUCAGUCUGUGGGAAAGGAUUCACUUGCUCAUCUCACCGACUGAGACAUCAGUCAGUUCACAAUGCUGAGAGGCAGUUCAGCUGCUCAGAAUGUGGGAAGGGAUUCACUCGGUCAUCUUCCUUAUUGGCACACCAGCGAGUUCACACUGGGGAGAGACCAUUCACCUGCUGUAAAUGUGGGAAGGGAUCCCGCCGAUCAAUCAUGUACAGAGACACCAGCGAGAUCACACUGGGUGGAGGCUGAUCACCUGCUCAGACAUUGGGAAGAAUUUCUCUCAGACAUCUCCGCCAAAUGUGCAUCAUUGAGUUCACACUGUGAAGAGGCCGUUCACCUGCUGUGAAUGUGGGAAGGGAUUCACUCAGUAAUCUAACCUUGUGACACACUGCUGGGUUCACACUGGGGAGAAAGUUUUAGUAAGCUUCAUGCUGGAGAUUUGCCCAUCACCGUUGCGGAAUGCAAUUUCAAGAGUGACUGUCGGUGAUGAACUCUGCAAUUAUUGCUGCUGCUCCCCACACCCAGUUCUGUACCCUGGUCACUGGGCAUGGCAGGAGUUUCUUCUGCUGCACAUUCACCUUUAAUAGGACUGGAGUUUAAUAUUGUGGGUCUGAGACAAAUAAUUAGUUCUAUUUUAAACUCUGUCUCCAGUACUUAGUGAAUUUAUAACACAGCUAGAGUACAGUAGAGUCAAUUCAGGCUGGUUGAACCCUGCCAGUGAUUCAGUUCUAUGACAGUCCUUUGAAAUCCUCCAAUUUCUGGGGUGAAGAGGAAUGACAUUGGCAGUUAACCCCCUUAUUCAGGGCUCAUUUCCACAUUAUGGGUCAUUUUCCCUGCUUCUAAAGGGUUGUUAGAAAACACCACUGUCCUGUAAAGGCUGAAAGCAGAAUGGGAAACCAUUAGUUCAACCAAGUGGGGUUAGAAACCAGAGGCUGGUCUGCACAGGGCAGAGUUUGGGGCUCUGGAUGAUGGUCGGGUUAAGACCGUAUGAUGAGGAGAAGGGAACCAGCAACGGGGCGGACAACGAAUGACAGAGUAGCAACAUUUGGAAGCUAAUUGACAGAGAUAAUAAUUCAAUUGUCUGACUGAUGACACAAAUAAUGCCUGUGGUGAGGUACUCCAUUGGUUGAGGAACUAGUGUGUUCAGAAUAGUUUUUUCUAUUGAGGGAGUUGUUCCUGCUUGCUUAUCCUGUAAUAUUAUAUCCAUUUGGUUAUUAUGGAUUGUCCUAUCUGCAAUAAUGUAUUGAUUAUCCUAUAGUUUGUAAGAUUUUGACUCUAAAACUGGAUCAGGCCUAAAUUCAUGGUGCUAUAAUGAAGUUAUAGUGGUCAUGAAUGGGUUUGUGUUUUAAAGCAAGAUUUUGGUGAAUGAUAUUUACCACCUGAUUGUACCUUUGUAAGUAAUCAGAUUGAGUUAAACUGCUGCAGGAUCCUGGAAUGUGUUGGAUUGUGUCUGGUUUCUCCCGGCAUUUUCUGCAUUUAUUGCCUUUUUUGUUUGUCUUUUAUGUAUUUCUGUUUAUUUUAAAAUGUAAUUCCCCAAGGCACCCGUUUCUGGGAAGAGGUCUCCAACUCUGAGUCGGGCGCUCGAUGCUUCCUUGUCACCAUCUGGUCUGCUCAGAUCAUUGGGAUGUCUCCCAUGGAGGGUCAUACUCAUUCCACUGGUUAAUGUUUUCUUCCAUAGUGAUGAUUCAUUUUUCUGAGUUGGCCUUUCAUUUAAGUUUUCUGGUCUGUAUUUCAAAUCAGAUUUGUAUAUACCUGUCUGGUGUGCUGAAUCCUGUUUAUUUUGUAUGAAAAUGUAUACUUUAGAAAUCUUAUCAGACAUUUGAUUUUUUUAAAUGACUAUUAUAGCUCUUCCCAGUUCUGUCCUCGGUAAUUUUCAUCUAAGUGGUAAAUAGGGUUUUCUGAAUUUGUCAUUUCAGUUCUUGUUUUUCUUUGUGAAGUUUCCAGAUUGGA